AGCCUAUCCCAGCUGACUUUGCCGAUAGUAGGGGUACAAACCGGACAGGUCGCCAGCCAAUAUUUUAAUAUUAAAACCAAAAACUUGUAACUCACCUCUCAUGCUAACGUCAAUGGGGUUGAGUCCUGCAGCAAACACCUUGACAAUAACCUCAUUGGGGUAGCUGAUGACUGGGAAACUGGCAUUUUUGCUCAGUCGUAAGACAUCAUUGCCUCCAUAUUUAUCAAUCACCCAUGCAGGCAUGACAGUCCUGCAGCAGUUGGAGGUGUUGAAAAAUCUAAAAGCCGGAGUUGAAAUGUUGCGGCGAAACAACCUGCGCACUGCCAUGUUUCAAGUGAGAAAAUAUUCAAUGAAUGAAAUAUCUUUUAGAAAGUGGAGACUAAACCUGUAAAUUAAUCACAGUUUUUUAACACCCGACUUCUUUCUUACUGUAAACAUUUUCCUUUCGCGCAAAUACACCUAGAACGAAAAUUAAGCUAUUCGUCCUGUCAAAAAGACCUGCUCAUCUAAAAUCAACCACUUCCUGAAAGUUCCCAAGCGCAGACCCUCCACCAAUCCUUGCCAAGAUUGCUCAAUCAUGAGCCAAUGGAACAAAGCGUUGUUGCAUUGCAGGAGUUUUCAAACAAACAUGGCAGCCCUCUGGUGCCGCACGUCGUAUGAAGGUUGUUGAUUUGACACUAUGUGCCUUCAAGUUCGAAAAUAUGCUCAACCUCACAUUACGAGAGGUUUCCGUUGCACUCAGAGAGGGAAAGAUUUCUCCAAUUGAGCUGUGUAGGAAGUGCCUGAAUCGGAUCAAGCAAACAGAACAUCUAAAUGCUUACAUAACGGUUACCGAAGAACAGGCACUGAAGCAGGCCCAAGAAGCGGAGACCAGACACCAGCAAGGUGCUCUAAAAGGACCUCUGGAUGGAGUUCCUUUUGCAGUCAAAGACAACUUCAGCACAAAGAACAUCAAGACAACAUGCGCUUCAAUGAUGUUAAAAGACUAUACUCCACCGUACAAUGCUACAGUGGUGCAAAAGCUUUUGGACCAAGGAGCUGUUCUUCUUGGGAAGACCAACAUGGAUGAGUUUGCUAUGGGGUCAGGCAGUACUGAUGGUGUAUUUGGACCAGUGAGGAACCCCUGGAGCUACGCUGCUCCCUACCAUGAGCGAACAGGAGCGGUACCAGACACAGACUGGGUCAUCACCGGAGGAAGUUCAGGUGGAAGCGCUGCAGCGGUGGCGUCCUUCACUAGCUAUCUGGCUUUAGGGUCGGACACAGGUGGUUCUACUCGUAACCCAGGAGCGCUUUGUGGGGUUGUGGCUUUGAAGCCAACCUACGGACUGCUGUCUAGACACGGCCUCAUACCUCUGGUCAACUCCUUUGACGUCCCAGGCAUUCUGACACGCACAGCCAGUGAUGCCGCCAUUGUCUUAGAUAUCCUCCAAGGCCUCGACACACGAGACUCCACAACAGUUCCUCCUCCUCCAUCGCCGGCAGAACUGCUGGAAGAUUUUGACGUCAAAAACCUCUGCGUUGGCAUUCCAAAGGAGUUCCACGCCCCGGGACUAUCUGAGGAGACUGUCGCACAGUGGAGCCGUGUCGCUGACAUGUUUGAGAAAGCAGGCGCACGAGUGGAGCAAGUGUCCCUCCCCCACAGCCAAUAUUCCAUUGCGUGUUACCACGUCCUGUGCUGUGCUGAGGUGGCAUCUAACAUGGCCCGUUUCGAUGGGCUGCAGUACGGUCACCGUAGCCAAGUAGACAGCUCCACUGAGGCCAUGUAUGCUACCACCCGACAUGAGGGCUUCAAUGAUGCUGUGCGAGGGAGAAUAUUAUCUGGCAACUACUUCCUGCUCAAACAGAGCUACCAGCACUACUUUGUGAAAGCCCAGAAGGUUCGUCGGCUAAUAGCGGAUGAUUUCAAGCGCGUGUUCAGCUCGGGUGUUGACGUGCUGCUGACACCCACCACUCUCUCUGACGCCACACGUUAUUCGGACUUCAUGCAAGAAGACAACCGAACACGCAGCUCGCAGGAUGAUGUCUUCACCACGCCGGCCAACAUGGCAGGUCUCCCUGCGGUUUCUGUGCCAACUUCAUUAUCCAAACAAGGCCUUCCCAUUGGUUUACAGCUCAUAGGCCCCGCCUUCCAAGACAAGAAGCUACUAUAUGUCACCCAGUGGAUCGAACAGAGGGUUGGGUUUCCCUUCAUCAGUGACUUUGAGGAAUCCAACAGGCAGGAUUUGAGUUUCACUCUUAACCUUGCAGGAGGACAGAGAUGAAUAGAUGGUCCAAAUAGAAAAAAGCUGUUGUGUCAUGAAGUUGAAAUUAAGUAUAAAAAGAAAGCUUUACAAGUACUAGGGUGCAGGGGUGAAGGAUGAGCCAGACACUGAAAUUUGAGCUCAACAAAUUGGUGUGUCUGUCUGGGAGCUGAGAUGGUAGAAAACCAUAGACAAAGCCAUCAGAAACUUUUAUUGUAUGUAUGUAUGUAUGUUUUCAUCACAAGAUGGGAAAAAAAAAACGAAGUUCAGGGUCGCAUCCUGGAGCCUAUCCCAACUGACUUUGGGCAAGAGGCGGAAUACACAUCGCAGGGCACAUACGUAUAGACAAACAACCAUUCACACUCCCAUUCAUACCUAUGGAUAAUUUGGAGUUUCCCAUUAACCUAGCAUGCAUAUUUUUGGAAUGUGGAGGAACCAGGGUACCCAGAGUAGAGUAACCCCACGCACGCACAGGGAGAACACGCAAACUCAUAGCUCCGUGUCCACCGUGCAGAAUGUCAGGACAUCAUGGACUUUAACUGGCAAACAUAAACGACACCAUGAAUCAUUGUUGUUAAAACCCAAAAGUAGUACAGUACUGGCUUUUAUAAAGCAGCUCUUGACAAAUAUAGGUAUAUGACCAACACAAAUUAAAUACACAAAUACAGUAUUUUUUCUGUCUUUUUGUCUUGGUUUUUUUUUUUUACAGUAAUUCCGCCACAGAGAAGUUACAUUUUAUAGGAAGUGUCAGAUGAAAUUCACCCAGUCAUCCAGUUAGUGAGCUGGAAAGGUACUAAAUAAAGUGUUACAGCCUCGUCUCUGGUGACUGCCAGUACAAAUAACCCCUAACCUAUUUCUCCGUGUGAAGCCAUAAUUGGCCUUAAUAUGCUUGCUGGAAUAAUAAGUAUAUAAACCUACUUCAUUGUUACUGCAUAACAAGUAAACCUUUUCUCUGUGUUCAGCAGUGAAAACAAAUUAUAUUUAUUAAAAAAUAAUCUCCAUCUCUAGGUAAAAGCUAGUACUUCCAAAUCCCAGCUCACUGUGGCUAUAAUUAGCACGCUAUUAUCAGUCCGAUUAAGUACCGAUCACCCCUGUUGAGAAUAACAUGAAUUAUGUGUGUGAUGUAGCGUUUACUGUGGCAGAAAUGAAUAAUGUAGAAUUAAGACGGUUAUUCACAAGUAAAAAAAAAAAAAGUCCCAUUGUGUUGCACCUGCUCAUUUGUCAGUUACAUUACAAAGCAAGAAAACAAAUGACACUUUCUUACGGAUGCGGAAGCUCAAUGGGGUUUUUUUUUAAUUGUGAAAUAAAUCCUAUAGGUUUCGAUUUCCUGAGUUCUCUGUACAGGAUGUGGUGACUCAACUCAAGCAGAUCCACCACUGGUUUUCUCUGCAUAGAACUCAGUAAGUUUCUCUGAUCACAGGUGUAUAUUAGCAUAAGUAUGACAAAAAAAUAUAGCUGGACAUGGUAACUUUUU